AUGAAGACGUCCAAGUACGCACCAAAGACGCCUGCCGAAAGUCUAGCCCAAUCGAAAGCCGAGAAGCUCAAACAGGACAAAGAUCGCGUUACGCGUUUGCUAGGACGCGUCCGUUGGAAAGCCGAGAUGCUCAUGGUGUCCUACUUCCGCACCAUGGAGAUUGUACAAGCAGCUGCCCAGGAGAAUGAAUACCACCAGUCCCAACACGCAAUGGGAAGCGGCGCAUCGAGUAAACAAGCCGAAUCCAUGUUCAAAGUCGACUUCUUCGAAUUCUACACGCUGCUCGAGCGCUACAUCACAGACUGCCUCGCCAUCUUCGGUGUCUCCGUCUCUGCCUCUGCGCCGCGCACGAACUUCAACGCCCUACGUUACGAGACCAAUCCCGAUCUUCACCGAACGCGACCGAUGGCUUCGCAUGCCUUCCACGCGAACCUGCUAGAAGCUUUAGACGAUGAGAAGAGCCCAUUGGCAGGGUCUUUGGGCCUACAGGACGUUCGUGUACAACUGGGCAUUGCGAAGGAAUACCGUAACGCGUGGAAAGAUGCUGAUAGCAAGGCAAACAUAGCCAGCGGCGACGCCCGCGCGAACCUCUCGCUUCAUGACCUGCAACUCGAGCAUAUGUUGCGCAAUAUCAUUGGUGGAUGUGACCUUGCUCACGAAGCAGUGCAGCAGCAUUCCGACGGUACUGCGAACGGUACUUUGACCAGUCGAGACUUCGAGCCCAAGACGUCGUAUGGAUACACGAGCAUGGAGAUUGAAGAUACGCCUUUUGAAUACAUGGACGACGCUAUGGAUCUGGAUUGA